AUGAACAAUAUCAACCAGGAGAUAGACAAGCUUGAUCACCUCGAUGCCAGAGAGCCUUCGCAUCGCAAACAAGGCAUUGGCGCACUGUUAAUACGGAAAGCUUUCUCAAGGGCAGAAGCGGAAGGCGUGGUACUAUAUCUCUGCUCUGAGCCAGCAGCUCACGAUUUCUACAGGAAAAGAGGUUUCCAAGAUAUCAUACACGCCGAUAUUGACCUCAGCAAGUGGGCGCCUCCUUAUAGUGGCUUUGGCCUGUUUAGAGGGACUGGAAUGACUUGA